AUGGCAGGACUAUUCAAGCGGGUGUAUGAUUGGCUGUUGAGGCUGUUCUGGGCGACGGAGAUGGAUAUCACGAUGAUCGGCCUGCAAAAUGCUGGCAAGACCUCGUUAUUGAGGGUUCUGGCGGGCGGUGAAUUCACUCUUGAUUCCAUUCCAACCGUUGGAUUUAACAUGAAACGCGUACAAAAGGGCCAUGUGACGCUCAAAUGUUGGGAUCUAGGAGGGCAACCUCGAUUUCGGUCCAUGUGGGAGAGAUACUGCCGAGGUGUAAACGCCAUUGUGUUCAUCGUUGAUUCGGCAGACACCGAGGCCCUGCCGGUCGCAAAGGAUGAACUCCAUCUUCUCCUGGAAAAGCCGGUGUUGGAUGGGAUCCCCUUGCUCGUGCUCGGUAAUAAAUCGGAUCUCGAGGAGAAAUUAUCCGUCGACGAGUUGAUCGAAGCGCUGGAUCUCAAAAGCAUCUCCCACCGGGAAGUGAGCUGCUACGGGAUCAGCGCGAAAGAGGAGACGAAUCUGGAUGCCGUGUUGCAAUGGCUCGUUGCUCGUGCCAGCAAGUAG